AUGCACCGAACAAAAUUGCCUGAACAACCAUGGAUGCACAUAGCAGCCGAUUUCGUAGGACCUUUACCCUCGGGACAUAAUCUACUUGUUCUGAUAGACUACUACAGUCGAUUUACCGAAGUUGUCAUCAUGAAGCAGAUAACAGCAAGUUUAACAGUUCGCGCUUUACAUGAGACGUUUUGCCGUUUCGGUAUGCCAGAGGUUCUCAGAACAGACAAUGGACCACAGUUCAUCAGUUCAGAAUUACAGACAUUUUGUGAGCAAUUUGGCAUCCGACAGGAGAAAACAACACCAUACUGGCCUCAAGCAAACGGGGAAGUUGAAAGGAUUAAUCGAUCAAUCGUCAAAAGACUCAAAAUCAGCCAAGAAACAGAGAGCGCAGAUUGGAAAUGGGACUUAAGGAUGUUCAUUCUUAUGCACAAUUCAACGCCUCAUUCCACAACUGGGGUUGCUCCAUCCAGUUUGAUGUUCGGACGAAUAUUGAAAGACAAACUUCCGGGUCUAUUACUGAAAAGUAGUAAGGUGCUCGAGGAAAUUAGCGAUUUUGAUCAUGUGAACAAAAUGAAGGGUGCAGAGUAUGCGGAUAAACGCCGAAAUGCUAAGCCAAAUACAAUUGAAAUUGGCGAUACUGUACUGACGAAGAGAAUCCAGAAAGAGAAUAAAUUGUCAACACCAUUCAGUGCUGAUGAGUUCUCUGUAAUUGAUCGAAGAGGAUCAGAAGCCAUCAUACAAUCAAAGGACUCCAGUCGUGUCAUUCAUCGACACGUAUCACAUUUGAAGAAAUUAUCCACAGGAAACGGAUCAAACGUUCCUAGUGAUAAUAUGUUGAAAUCAAGGGACGCGGCGGAUACAAAUGACAACAUCGAGGACCACAAUGUUGCUGAGUCCACCAAACAAACGAAGCCUUAUGAACGGCCACGUCGAGUAAUAAAGUUACCAGGUUACUUAGGUGAUUUCAAU